UCAGCGGGUCGCACUAUAUAAGAGAAUGACGAGCCGACCGCCCAUGAUAAAAGCUCGUGUGUGUUGUCAAUCCUGUGUACGUGCUCAUUGUUAACUUUCCCUCUCUACCUUCGUGUCUUGUCGACAGAAUGUAUCGUGUUUGUCUGCUGUUCGUAAUCGCGACAUCAGUGGCGCAAGGUCCUUACGAUUUAGAAUCAAGAGCUGUAACUCUUCCUGGCAAGCCAACAUUAGGGCCACUUUAUACGUCCGCAUUAGGUGGGAGUCAAGGUUUUCGUGAUAACAGUUACGAAGAUAAUGCUGUAACACCCACCCCAUCGUCUGCUCCACUUUACAGAAAUCCGAACAAUCAACCACCCUUGUAUCGUAAACCAACAUCGUCACCGCUCGAUGGUUCUCAUGAUUAUCAAUCAAGUGUAAGAGUAGGAGGUGGUCCACCAGCACGUGGUCCACCACCUCUUCGUGGUGGUGGUGGUCCGAUUGGUCCCAAUGGCCCGAUCAAUGCGGAAGAAAUCGAGGAAGAGAAAGAGGAACCGGAUCGUUUGACCCUUCUACUUCCUCAGAGCAAGUUCGAUUGUGUUGGUAAACAAACUGGAUAUUAUGCCGACGAAGAUUUGCAUUGCGAGGUCUUCCACUAUUGUCAUGAAAAUGCGAAACAUUCCUGGAUCUGUCCAGAAGGAUUUACAUUCCAUCAGGUUCACCUGAUUUGUAUGCCACCGAGCGGUGAUAUCAGUUGCAAAAAGAGCUCGCAAUAUCAUUUCGUCAAUGAAUAUCUUUACAAACCAUUGAACCAAGCCGAAGCUGAAACGAAACCUAACGUGACCUUGAGAUACAGCGAGAGGUAUUAUCCAGCGGAUAUAUAUACCGAUGAAAGGGAGGCAGGCGAUUAUCAGAUCACUCCUACGUCAGCACCUGUUCGACGUCCUCUGCAACAGGUUUUCACCGGUCAACCAUCAGCAGCUUUGAACAGCAUUCCUUCGUCGGCACGUCCUCAAAUACAAGUACCGCAAUUUCGUCUACCGGUGAAUCAAGUUUUUCAUAGUCCCGAAGAAGUGAAUAUACCUCUUCAACAUAGACGACCUCAACCACAACAGCAUCAAGCGAUCAGAAGAUUCCCUCAAGUUCGACCUGCGGAAGAAGAUUACGAGUAAACUCUGAGAAUUUCUUUUCCAUAUAUAUGUAUAUAUAUACACAUAUAUGUAUACAUAUAUAUAUAUUUCCAUAUAUGUGUAUAUAUAUAUAUAUAUUUUAUUUUAUUUUUAUUUUUUAAUUCAUUUCUUAAAUUCAUCGAAAAAUUCGAAAUUAUUACUCGGAGAGACGUAUAAUAAUUCGUUCGUUUCAAGAUCAUAUAUAUUCGUCUCAUUUUCGUCAUUUCAUUUCUCAUAAAUUUUUUAUCAUACGAAUUUUAUUAUCCCACUGUUUAAUCGUAUAAACGGCAUCAAUUUAUUUGUAAUUAAUGGCAUGAAAGUUGAACUAUAGGGAUAGAAUCAAUAUAUUUAUUCUAUUAUUUUUCAAAGUAAUACUCGUAUCUCUCUCUCUCUCUCUUUCUCUCUCUUUCUCUCUAGCGUGCGCAUUUCUCUUUUUUUUCUUUCUUUUUUUCUUUGUUUUUGCUUUACAUUCGCAAAUAAAAAUUUUAAAUGAUUUCUUUGAUAUCGCGCGUCGGCUAUGAUCGUGUAACACCAAACAAAAGAAAAUAUCCAUUGAAUAUUAUUAUUAUCAUUAAAUGAUCUUCCUCGUUUCUAAAAACGAAAGAGAAAAAAAGAACUAAUAUUUUUAUAACAUUUUAACUUUCUAAGCC